AUGGAAGAAAAUAAUAUUGUUGAUGAUUGUGGUUGGAAGCCGAAAGUGGGAAUGCCAUUUGACUCUGAACAAGCUGCAUAUGACUUUUACAAUACGUAUGGGGGAAAGGUGGGCUUUAGUAUUAGGAAGGCAUAUACAAACAAGAACAGACAGACGAAGGAGAUAACAUCACGCAUGUUUGUAUGUUACAAAGACGGAAGUCGGGGUAUUGACAAACGAGAUCCACUUGUCAAAAAUCCAAGACAAGAGGUAAGAUGUGGUUGUGGUGCCAGAUUUAGUAUCAAGUUAGAUAGAAUAUCAGGAAAAUAUAUUGCUUGUGAUUUUGUUGAACAUCAUAAUCAUGAUCUUGUGCCUCAAGAUUGCAUUCAUAUGUUGCCAUCCCAAAGAAAAAUUUCUAUCACCCAAGCAAUUGAAGUAGAAUUAGCUUCACAAUCUGGAAUUCCUCUUAGGUCUGCUUAUGAACUAUUUGGUAGGGAAUCUGGUAGAAGAGCAUCACUUGGUUUCACCAAAUUGGACCAAAAAAAUUACCUAAGAUCGAAGAGACAAAAAGAUUUGGAAUAUGGGGAAGUGGGUAAUGUGUUGCAUUACUUUCGUAAGAAAACUGUGGAAAAUCCAUCUUUUUUUUAUGCAGUCCAAUUAGAUUGUGAUGAGCAGAUAAGUAAUAUAUUUUGGGCUGAUGCUCAAAUGAUCAUGGACUAUGCUCAGUUCGGUGAUGUAGUGACAUUUGACACUACUUACAAACUAAAUAAUGAGCAUAGACCUUUUGGAUCAUUUGUUGGAUUUAAUUAUCAUCGAGAAACAGUUAUAUUCGGUGCAGUGUUGAUGUAUGAUGAGACUGCUGAAUCUUUUACAUGGUUGUUUCAAAUUUUUUUGGAGGCAAUGUCAAACAAAGCUCCGAAAACUGUUUUUACAUAUCAAGAUGCUGCGAUGGCUAAGGCCAUUCCAAUUGUCAUGCCCGAUACAAACCAUCGUCCUUGUACGUGGCAUUUGAUGCAAAAUGCUGUCAAGCAUGUAAGUUCUGUUUUCGAUGAUGUAGGGGUGAAGGGUAUGUUUGCAAAAUUUAUGCAUGACAUUGAUGAUGAAGAAGAAUUCUGA